AAGGAAUAGCGAGAGACUACUACAUUCUUCUUGCUUUUAUUUUUUCCUCAGUGAGUAAAAUCUCGUUAUCUUGCAUUCUAGGAAUAAAAUUACAACCUACUCCGAGAAACAGACUGAAUACAUUAAUUGUGCAACGAUCAAUGCGAUUGGAGUUCUAAGGAAAUGUCGCAGAUCACUUUGAAUCGUCCGUCACGUUGGAACGAGCAUAGAAUUAGAUCUGAAAUUACAUUCUGAACGCGUACGUGCUGAUGGACAGCGUUCCUUAUAAAAAAAUGCAAAUGUAGUCAGCUCGUAACGUUACACUUUAUGACGUGCAGAAGUCCGACGUUUUACAGCGUACGUCUGCACGUUUACUGGAAAUCGGAACGUUGAAUUCGCUGGGACAGUGGACGUCUGACGCUGGCAAUCCUGCACGCUUGCAAAUUGACCCCCUUGAACGGCACGUGCCUCGUCUGCUGUCGAUUAAUUAACUAAUAAACUUCCACGUCCUCUAAGGCGGCUAUUUUAGCUCGCGUCCCAGCGGUCUCGGGUCGUUACAACAGUCUUAUGCAAAACCUGACCAAGAAUUCUGGUGACUUGUGCGAAUCCAUUGCUUAAACAAGACUUUUUUUUUUAUACGCCCAUUGUUGAAAAUGUGAAAUAAGGAUUGCAUUGUUGAUUGGAUUUUUUGCCGUGGGAAAAGAGGGAACGCUUGGAAGACGAAAAUCCUGCACGGUCGGCGUCGUUGGUCGCGGUUGGUGGCCGCGGUUCUUAGCCCUCGAGCCCCAAGGAACACGGUAAUCGAAAUCAGCAGCGAUGGCGGUGUUUGGCUUGGUCUCGGCGGUGGCCGGGUUCGUCAAGGUACGAUACCUCGUCGACAAGGCGAUCAUCGACAACAUGAUCUUCAGGGCGCACUACAGGAUCACCGCAGCCAUCCUGUUCGCCUGUUGCAUCAUCGUUUCCGCGAACAACUUAAUAGGUGAUCCGAUAAACUGUCUGAGCGACGGAGGGGUAGCGGAGAACGUGAUAAACACGUACUGCUGGAUCACGUACACGUUCACCCUACCGCAUCAGACCGCGAAGCAGGUCGGCACCCACGUGGCCCACCCGGGCCUCGGCACCGACGUAGGGGAGAAGAGGUACCACUCGUAUUACCAGUGGGUGCCGUUCAUGCUGUUCUUCCAAGGUAUCCUGUUCUACGUGCCUCACUGGAUGUGGAAGCAGUGGGAAGAGGGCAAGGUCAGAAUGAUAUCCGAGGGCAUGAGGGGCGCCAUGCUCGAUAACAAGGACGAACGACAGGCGAAGGCUCACCGGUUGGCUAAAUACGUGUUCGACACGUUGACGCUGCACAACACCUACGCUGCCGGUUACUUCUUCUGCGAGGCCCUCAACUUCGUUAACGUGGUGAGCAAUAUGUUCUUCAUCGACACCUUCCUCGGCGGUGCCUUCCUCUCGUACGGCACAGAUGUGCUCAAGUUCAGCAACAUGAACCAAGAACAGCGCAGCGAUCCAAUGGUCGAAGUCUUCCCACGCGUUACAAAAUGUACUUUCCACAAAUUCGGUGCUUCUGGGACUAUUCAAAAGUUCGAUGCUCUCUGCGUUCUUGCCCUGAACAUUCUCAACGAGAAGAUCUACAUUUUCCUUUGGUUCUGGUUCAUCAUACUCGCGGUGCUGUCGGGUCUAGCUUUGCUCUACAGCAUGGCGGUAGUUUUGCUGCCGAGCACGCGAGAGACUAUUCUCAAGAAGCGAUUUAAGUUCGGCACGUCGACCAGCGUCAGUGCGCUUAUUAGAAAGACACAGGUCGGCGACUUCCUGUUGCUUCACCUGCUGGGACAGAACAUGAACGUGAUGAUGUUCAACGAGGUAUUGGAUGAACUAUGCCGCCUACUAAACGUCGGCUCGACGAGCGGCGCGUCACCGACCUCGCUCCCAUCGGCGCCCAGCACCCUCGAGAUGUCACCCAUCUACCCGGAGAUUGAGAAAUACGCGAAAGACACCGAGAUAUAAAGCGUUUCCUUCUUCGCGUCCUCUUCAACUUUAUCUCUGCCUUCUAUGUAUUGUGAUAUACUGCCUAGGGUGGAUCCGACACCGGGCUUACCGUUUGUGCUAUCGAGGGUGAAAACGCGCCAGCCGGAGGUACAAGGUCUUGCCAUUUUCUUAACGCGCCCGAAUAGCUGAAGGAAAUUACGCAGAAAUAGUGUGAACUAUUGCGCGUGUUUCUAACACCACCCGUGGCACAAACUAGCGUUAGAUUAUCAAAGGAAUAUGUAACGUAGGCGAUAUCGCAGCCGGUUCGUCAGCUAAUGCCUACGCACCGGUCGUUUAUCGCUGAUAAAUUAUGUAGUAAGCCGAAUUUCACGUGCACAAUCGUUGCUCGAUUAUCUCUAACGCUCUUACGUCAAGUUAUCGCGUUCUCCACCCCGUAAUUAAGGGUUACGAUAUACGCGACGAGCACGCGAAGGCAACGUAAAGUGAACACUGCUAUUUUUCUCUUGAUUCUUCCAAAAAUGUCGCAUCAUUGCGCGAAUUCCUACUCGUUCACAUUCCUUUUCGUAUAAAUGAGCGCAUCGUGAUGAAAUAAGUGCCUUUUACCGAGCGCGUUGAGCUUCGUUCCACGCUCCGUUGACAUCGUUUUCAAUUCGACCGAUUGCGAUGUUGUUUCGUUGAAUUACAUGAUUAAUACAUAUUCCAAUCAUUCCGUUCGUAUUCCUUAUGAAACAAAUUGUAUUCAUUUCGAUUCGAAAGAGGUCGUACAAGAUUUUUUCGAUUUAAAACUUUGUAUAAAUACAAACCGUCGAUAAAUGUCAUCGCGAGCCUGCAGCAAAUUAUGCAUUGUUUGUAUAAACAGCUCCCACCUACUCCGUCACUAUAUAAUAUGUAUAAGGUAAGACGGAACCGUCCUGACGAUUCUUUGUCUAUCUGCGUUUAAUUGGUGCAUUCGUCGUAAUGAAAUUAACGAGAACGAUGUUACGUUACUUUUCAUUUGAAUAUUUGUCGUUUCAAAAUUCCACUUACGGGCAUUUCCAAUUAUCCGCAGCAAUAUUUAUCCACGAAUCUCUUCGAAAGAAAUUAGAGUAUAUAUAUAUAUAGAUAGAUAGUUUAUAUAUAUCAAAUUUUAAUUGGUACAGAGAUUUAUGAGUAGAUUAAGAUAAGUGUUUUGAAUAUUUGAAUUUAUUCAAUUCGAUAUACGUAUGUUUGCAUUUUUACUUAUAUUAAAAAUUGUACAAAGAGUUUGAAUUCGAAUAUCGUUAGGGGUACCUAACGAUGUUUCCAGCAUCGGCGGAGGUCCGUUCGUUAAAAUUCGACGAGGAAGCACGUCGGAUGGAAACGAAUCGGAUUUCCCUGAACGAAGCAUAAUAGCGCUGACGUAUAACGUGGAAUUACUAUUCGAUGCUCAUGUUUGUUUCCACGUCUCGCGAGGAUUAAUCGAAGCGAGAACAUAGUAUAAUGCUGCCGACAUAAGUGUAUGCAACUUACAAUUACUUCGUGACUAUCCAGUAGUUAAUACGUAGCUCAUAAAGUAUGUUGUAUCUGCUAUUAGUCGCAAGUUCCAAGUGAUAUAUAUUAUAUAUUGAUUAGUCGUUUAAGUUGAACGAGACCAGAUGUGCCUUCUAUUAUAUUUAGAAUUUAUCGAGUGUUUCAAUGCGUCGAACUGUACGCGAAUGCUCAUUAAGGAGAUCGAAGUAAACGCGAAGACUGCCAACAAACAUUGAUGUAACGGGAGCGAACAUAAAGACAAAUUAUAGAAUAAAUGUAUACUCUUUCUAUACAUCGCGUCGAGUUUGGAUCAACCCGAUGGCGAACCGUAAUCGGUGUCCGUGCCAUUUCUCAACGAAUUGAAGCAACCAACGAUUGGAGGAAGCUCGUAAUCGUUCAAUAAAUUCCAUCAAGUACAUUGGUCAGAAA